UGAUCUUUCCCUAGUUCUGGGCUCCAGGGUCAGGGUGGGUUUCUUUAGCCAGCCCCUUUUCCCUACAGCAAGGCCUCCCAGCCACCUCGCCUGGGUUAGAGCACAGCAUAGUCCUGAGGUCCCUGUAAGGUGGGCAGGAGCCCUGAGGGCUGACAGCCCCAACACCCUUAGUGGCAAGACUAGGGCCCAGGUCUUGGGAAACAGAGGCCAGGGCCAUGAGGGCAGCUGGGGGAAGAAGUUGAGACUUUCAUUCGCAAUGCCGUUGGCCUGGUUAAACUUUGAAAAAAUGAUUACUAAACCUUCUUCUAUUAAAUGACUCCUAGUCACACUUUAAUUCUAGUCAGAGUGACUUCUCCCUCCCCCCUCCUUGCUUCCCGAGCCUGUUUUUUGCUUUUUGUAUUUUUCCUUUCUGGGAGCCAGGGUCUGCUGUGUCUCUGAGAGGACCUCGAGGCCUCUAGAUUACAGCAGAGGGUUCUAGGUCUGAGGGUGAGCCGCCCCUAAAAACAGCCAGCAGGCAGAUACCAAGGAGCCUUGGUCGGCUCUGACUGGGUGACACGGUUGUCCUGACGUGCCCCCGAGGAGAUGGGCGUGGGCAGAGCUGUAAGGGAAGGAGACUCAUCAGACUGACCCGGGGGUCCUGGGCCAGCCUCUGUGAACUGGCAGUUGCAUGGUGAUACCCAGGAGAAAUCCAUGGCAUUUUCUGAACUCCUGGACCGAGUAGGGGGCCUGGGCAGGUUCCAGGUCCUCCAGACUGUGGCUCUGGUGACCCCCAUUUUGUGGGUCACCAGCCAGAACAUGCUGGAGAACUUCUCAGCUGCUGUGCCUCGCCACCGCUGUUGGGUGCCCCUUCUGGACAACAGUACUGCCCAGGCAAGUGUCCCUGGGGACUUUGGGCCCGAUGACCUUCUGACCGUCUCCAUCCCACCUGGCCCUGCUCAGCAACUCCACCAGUGCCUCCGCUUCCGUCAACCUCAAUGGCAGCUUAUGAAGACCAACACCACGGCCACCAACUGGAGUGAGGCGGACACUGAGCCAUGUGAGGACGGCUGGGUCUAUGACCGCAGUGUCUUCACGUCCACGAUCGUGACCACAUGGGACCUGGUGUGUGAUUCCCAGGCCAUGAGACCCAUGGCCCAGUCCAUCUACCUGGCUGGAAUCCUGGUAGGAGCCGCCGUGUGUGGCCACACCUCAGACAGGUUCGGGCGCAGGAGGGUGCUGACCUGGAGCUACCUUCAGGUGGCUGUGUCGGGCAUCACAGCUGCCUUCAUUCCCAUCUUUCCCCUCUACUGCCUGUUCCGUUUCCUGGUGGCCUCCGCAGUGGCGGGUGUCAUGAUGAACACAGUCAGUCUCUUGAUGGAGUGGACAUCAGCCCGGGGCCGCACCUUGAUGAUGACCUUGAACUCCGUGGGCUUCAGCUUUGGCCAGGUCCUGACAGGUUCUAUGGCCUACGGUGUGCGCAACUGGAGGAUGCUGCAGCUGGCUGUCUCUGCGCCCUUCCUCCUCUACUUUGUCUCUUCAUGGUGGCUUCCAGAAUCAGCACGCUGGCUCCUCACGGUGGGCAAGCUGGAGCAGGGUCUGCAGGAGCUACAGAAGGUAGCGGCAUUCAACAGGAGGAAGGCAGAGGGAGACACACUGACCAUGGAGGUCUUGCGGUCAGCCACGCAGGAGGAGCCAAGUGGGGACCAAACCCGCGCCACGAUCGGCACCCUGCUCCACACGCCUGGGCUGCGCCUUCGAACCUUCGUCUCCAUGCUGUGCUGGUUUGCCUUCGGCUUCACCUUCUACGGCCUGGCCCUCAACCUGCAGGCCUUGGGAAGCAACAUCUUCCUGCUCCAAGUGCUAGUCGGGGUUGUGGACCUCCCGGUGAAGAUAGGCAGCCUGCUGCUGCUCAACCACCUGGGCCGCCGUCUCUGCCAGGCCGGCUCCCUGGUGUUGCCAGGACUCUGCAUCCUGGCCAACAUACUGGUGCCCCACGAGAUGGAGGUCCUUCGCUCGUCCUUGGCUGUGCUGGGGCUGGGGUCACUGGGGUCGGCCUUCACCUGUGUCACCAUCCUCAGCAGUGAGCUCUUCCCCACCGUGCUCAGGAUGACAGCUGUGGGCCUGGGCCAGGUGGCAGCCCGAGGGGGAGCCAUCCUGGGGCCUCUGGUGCCGCUGCUAGGCGUCUAUGGCUCCUGGCUGCCCCUGCUGGUGUUUGGAGUGGUGUCGGUACUCAGUGGCCUGGCUGCACUGCUCCUGCCCGAGACCAAGAACUUACCGCUGCCCGACACCAUCCAAGACAUCCAGAAACAGUCAGUGAAGAAGGUGACACAUGACAGAGCAGGCCAGUCCACCCUGAUGUCUACAUGGCUGUAGCCUCCUGAGAGUCUAUGACAGGACUGGAGGAGGAGGACCAUGAUGACCAAGACGAGAGGAGAAGAAAGAGAGGGAGAGAGAAAGAAAAGGGUAGAGCUGGCGAUGGCGGGUAAAGGUGCCUGCCUCCAAGCCUGACCGUAGGAACUCCAUUCCUGGGACACACGGUGGUAGAGAAAGCUGACUGCACAAAGCUGUCUUCUGACCUCCACAUGGACAGUUACCCUCCCCCGGUGAUACACACAAAUAAAUAAUUUAUUAAAAAGGGGGAGAAUGAAAAGGAGGAAGAAGGAAAGAGAGAGAGUAAGGAAGGAGGAAGAGGAGCAGGAAGAAAGGGAGGAGGGAGAAGAGGAAGGGAUGAGGGAAGAGAAGGAGGAAAAGAUGGUUCUUCUAUCCUCUGCAGAUAGCCACAGGAAGCAAAGAGGCCCACUUCCAGGGGUCCCUUUAGAGGGCUGGCUGCCUUUCUGGACCUCCCUCUAACAGAGGGGGCAAAGGACAGUUUCCAUGAUAGAAGGCUGCCCCAAACACUGCCAUUACCGACUCCCCCAUGAGGCCGCACACCAGAGAGAGGCCGAGGCCCCGGGACACAUCCUCACUGCUCACUGCCCCAGCUAUCCCAGGACUCAGAACUGACCGUCCUCCUCUUUAGUUCAGCACAAGCACAGGGGUCUCAGCUUCUCAGGGUCACUGAGGCCCUUGGUCAGCUGGCCUGGCCUCUCUCCAACUCUCCCCACUCCAGUCACAUGCCUAUCAACAACCUCUGCCUGGGUCUUCUUCCUGCCUUCCCACUUGACCCUCUCCUAAGCCUUCCAGACCCACCCUGGGGCCUUCCUUCCAAGGUUCAGGGCCAGCCCAUGACUCUGGUGGCACUGUACCCAUGGUCAGGGCUACACAUCUGCCUCUUCUCACCCUCCAGCAAGUAAGUUCCCUGAGGGUCACUGGUCCCCUGCCCCACAUCCUCACUCAUGCAUAGAGCCUGUUGGAAGGAGGGAUGAGGGACUGGCUAGAGAGAAAAUUAAAAGAAUGACAGCCCCUCCUGGGUGCCUGAGGAUCUGCAAGAGUCUACAGGGUAGGAGGAAGGCCUUCUCACCGUAGACUUUCCCAAGGUUGGCUUUCCCGUGUUCUGGACCAGGUUUGGGGCCGCUGUUACCAGCCCCUCCCAUGGUCCUUCUCACAUCAUAGCUCUCUGCAGCUUGUAAUGGGCUAUCCUUUCUAACAGAUGGGACAACUGAGGCCUGGGGAAACAGACUGCCCAUAACACAGUCUCUGUCUGUACGUCUCCUGAGCCCUGCCCUGGCCUCGGUGCCAUCUAGGAAAAUAGGAAUGCAUGCAACAGGACCUCUGUCCCUCUCAGAAUCAGCCAGGACUCUGGGUUCUGCUGGGACUGCUCACAAGAAAGGCCAUGCGGUGUCCCAGAGACAGUGUGCUGCUCAGUGGCUCAGUAGCUGGCCCACCAGUCUGCAUCCACCUGUGUGGCUGCUCUCAGGUGCCUCACAAAAGGCUGCAACACACACGUGUACACAUGACAAAAAGGUGGGUGGGAAACAGAAGACAGCGCUUGCCCGACAUGUUGGUCCUGCAGGAUUGCUCCUCAGCUGCAGCUCCUGAGCCUCUGGGGGAUUAUGUCCUUUGGCCAUUUACACACACACACACACACACACACACACACACACACACACACACUUCCUCGUGAUACUCCCCAGACAGAGGGUAGAGUAAGAUUAUAUUUAUACCACCUGAUGCCUCAAGACAAACCUGUUCUGUCACUCCAGAACUGGCUGCAUUUGGGGGCAGGGGCACUAUAGGAUGCCUAGAAACUUCCAGAAGGCAGAGCUCAGCAGAGAGAAGGAUCCUUCUUUCUCCCACAGUGUUCUGGCUCUACAAGCAGACAGAGAUGUUCCUCCAUCCGUAUUCGGAAUGGCCACCCCGAUCAGGACAAAGGGUUCUGUCACUCUAAUGAGUGACAGCAUCACUGUGUCUGAAGAGUCACCUGACAAAAGGCAGAGGCUGUUGCCCAUACCCAUUUGAGAUAUGCCCUCUUUUUUAUGCCUACUGUGGGAGUUUCUAGCCUCAAAGCUGCUGGGAUUCCAACAGUGGAGGAGCCAAAAGAACCUUUUGGAAAGGUAAACUGAGUCAAUAGCCACAUCCAGAAAUCUUUCUUUAGAAAACAAAGCCCUUGAGUGACAAGUCUUGAUUCAGAGAGGCAGAUGGAGUCCCAGUUGCAUGGCAACCAGCACUAAUGAAGCCAUCCUUUCAACCCCUACAACAUAUCGUGCCUCAGUCAGGGUAACUGUACCGAUUGACUGCUGGAGUAAGAAUAAAGCCAUU